ACAGCUGAACCGUGAUAACUGAUAACGGCAACGAGUUCGGCAAAAUUUCCGCUCGUUUGAAUGCAGACGGUACGGACAUUAGAACGCGUUCGAUGGAGAUAUUGGUUGACGGACUUCGACGUACGGGUGAUUUCUUCAAAAGUUCUGCAUCGGAAAGCCACCGUUACGUGCUGAACUGGUAGGAGACCACCGCCGUUGGCUACGCACAGACACCGUCACACAUAUAGGCAAAAACGUUCAUCAUGUCAGCCUCCGCUCCGAAAACUGCAUGGUUGUCGUCCAAACUAAAACAGUUUGCGUUGGACGAAGAGAUCUACUUGAAUUACAUUGAGAGCGUGUUGGACGGCGAAGAAGAUCGUUGUGAAAAGAUUAGUGCUCUUGAGGCGAUUCUCGGUGAAGUAUUGAGCGAGAACGAAGCAAAAAUGCAAUGCAUUGAAAUAAUUAACAUGUAUGACACUAAUGAUGUAAAUGACCACGAUGAAGUUAAAAAAGCAGUUGAAGACACUGAAGAGAUUUUAGUUAAAAUGCUAGAAAAUAAUAUUAGGACAGUGGUACCUAAUAAAGUUAAUAGACAGAAUUCAGAUGAAGACAAUUCAGAUUUAAUGAAAAUAAGAAAAAACAUUUUAUCUCAAUACGCACAAAAAGAAGCAAAUUCAGAAGAAGAAGAAUGUAGCGAUUUAGAUAUAGAACACAAUACCAAUGCCAGUUCUGUAUUAGCAUUAAAAAAAGAACAAAGAGAAAGAGCUAAAGAAGAAAGUUUGCGAAAAAAAGAAAAAGAUAAGGAAGACCGAGAAAAACAAAAACAAUUAGCGCAAGAAAAGAAAGAUGCUAAAAAGAAGAAAGCUCAAAAAGUGGAAAGGAAACGUUGA